GGCCCGGGUUUUGCUGGGCCACUGCACCGCGGUGGGGGUCCCGCAUCUGGCGGGACCAAUUCCGGCCCGGCGCUACCCUUCCCCGCCCGCCUCCAAGCAGGCGGGGGCCACGGCAGCAGCCCCCCGCUGGCGCGUGACGGGACGGGAGGCGGGCCCGGGCCAGCCCCGGCGCGCGGCCUGCAGGCUGCGGCAGGAUGCGGGCCACGCGGAAGCGGCUCUGCUCCGCGCUGCUGGCCGCCUACGUGCUCUUCUCCCUCUACGCCGCCUACAGCGUCUUCCUGCGGCCGCGGCGGCCGCCCGCCUCCCGGGGCGGCCCCCGGCAGCCGCGGCUCGGCAGAGAACGCUCUUCUUUGGGAAAUGAAGAAUGGAAUCCCUGGGAAGGAGAUGAAAAAAAUGAGCAGAUUGUUUCACAGCAGAGAUAUGAAACUAAUCUUCAAAUGUUAAAAAAUAUGAAAUCCCAGCAAGAACAAGCAAACCUUAAAGUGCAGAUCUGGGGUAAAGCAGCCAUUGGUCUUUACCUCUGGCAACAUAUUCUUGAAGGUCUGCUUGAACCUGCUGAUGUGACUGCACAGUGGAGAGAAGGAAGCAUAAAGGGAGGAAAAACACAUUUCAGUUUCAUCACUGGUCCAGCCGUAGUCCCGGGAUACUUUUCAGUAGCAGCUGAUAAUGUGGUUCUAGUUCUGAAUGGAAGAGAGGAAGCAAAGAUCACUUAUGCCACUCAGUGGUUGCAUUAUGCACAAACUUUAAUACAAACUCGCAAGCUGAGGCAUGUUGCCAUUGUGCUGCUUGGAAGUGAACAGUGUAACAAUGAAUGGAUUCACCCAUACCUGAAAAGACGUGGAGGAUUUGUGGAACUACUUUUUGUGGUAUACGACUGUACCUGGGUAAACGAAGAAGAUAUUUUCCAGUGGCCUUUAGGAGUAGCUACAUACAGGAAUUUCCCCAUUGUAGAGCCCAACUGGUCAAUGCUACGUUCUCCAAGAUCGUAUCUAUGUAAUUUUUUAGGAACUGUGUAUAAGAAUUCAUCUAGGGAGAACCUAAUGGAAGUUUUGAAACAAGACGGGCUUAAUAAACUCUGUUGGAUUGCAGCCAGAGAACAGUGGCAGCCUCAAGAAACAAAUGAAAGUUUUAGAAUCUAUCAAGAGGCAUUGCUGCAGAGUGAUCUCACAUUGUGCCCAGUGGGAGUAAAUACAGAAUGCUAUAGAAUUUAUGAAGCUUGUUCAUAUGGCUCUGUUCCUGUUGUAGAAGAUGUAAUGACACCAGGCAAGUGUGGAAAUUCAUCUAUAUACCACAGUGCUCCACUGCAAUUACUAAAGACCAUGGGGGCUCCAUUUAUCUUUAUUAAAAACUGGGAAGAACUUCCUGCUGUUUUAGAAAAAGAGAAAAAUAUGAGCUUACAAGAAAAGAUUCAAAGAAGAAAAAAGCUUAUAGAAUGGUACCGGCACUUCAAAGCACAAAUGAGACAUAAAUUUAUUAAUAUCUUGGAAAAUUCAUUUUUACCAAAUGCUAAAGGAGGUUAAUUGCCUCCUUUGAAAAUCAAAAAUAGAUCAAAAGUUUAAUUUUCACUGACCAUCAAGUAAGCUUUUAUAUAAAAAUAAAAAAUAAAUGAACCACUUCCAGUGCAGGUGCAAUUUCUUUGAAGUCAGUAGUGCUGCACCAGCUUACCCACGGCCAAUUUUCACCCUUCUUUCCUAAAUUACGUUCAGAGAGGAUGCAGUCUUACAGGAUAGUAGUCUGGAUGGAUGACAUCUACUUUAUACUUAUUUUUUGCAAUGACUAUCUCUCAUUCUUGGCAAGUCAGUACUUCUGUGUUUUAAUCUAGAUAUGGAAGCAUUUCAGCAAAUACAUCACCCAAAGAUAAAUGUUUCACAAAAAGCAUAAGUGGUGGCUCCACUACACUGAUAUUUAUACCUUAAGCAUUCUUUCCUGAAAGUCUCCCCCCAUUUUUGGCAGGUACAAAAUGAAGCCAUUUAAUAACUUGGGCUCCUCCCAUUUGUCUAGUAUCUUAGGAGGAGAUGUCAUUGAAAAUUUUCAUUUCUGUGAAGUUAUCAAGAGAACUUUCCUCUCCAAAACUGGCCAUUGAUAGAUGGAAUAUUCCCUGCUACCCUACUCAUCCUCACCACUGCCCACUUUGACUAGCUUGCUACUAUAUACUAAAAGUAUCUCCGACCAUCCUGGAAAAAAUGGUCAUUAAAUCUUUUUCAUCCAAAACACUUCUGUAAAGGAACGUCCUAUUUUAAAUAUGUGUCUAAGCUCCUUACCCAUCCCUGUCCCACCAAAAAGUAACAGUUUACCUUUUAUUGCAAGUUUUUCCCUUUAAUGUUUUGGUGAUUGUGGUAUGAUGUUGUCAGAGUAUGAGUACAGUGUGUGAAGAUGCAUUUGGGCAACAUUUUCAACAAAAACAGAGACCCACUUGUUCAGAUAAAGUUAUAAACACAAUUGUGCUUCUAUCGUAUAGCUUUGAGGCCAAGAGUUUAGAAAGAUUCAAAAAGGGAUUGGGAGUAAAAAUGUUAAAAUGUGCCAGCAUAAUCUAAGAGCCUGCUUCCCAUAUCCUUGCUCUUUCGUCUGAAGCAUCUGGUUCUAACCACUGUCAGAGACAGAACACUGGACUUAGUGGACUACCAGUCUUCUCUAGUGAGGCAAUUCUUGCAUUUCUGCAUUUGUUUGUGAUUGCACCUACACGUGGCCAUUUAAGGCUUUGUUUUUAAUUUGGUUCUCCUACUGUAGAAAGGGUUGCACUCUCUGCUUGUCAGAUUCUCCAUGUGUGGGUGAGACAGCGUGCAGUGUCCCUUACUCUCAUCUUUUCCCCUGUGCAAGGAUCUGCAGAGCUUCCUCCACAGCGUCUUAGCACAGGAGGUGGCAGGAUGGUGAAGGGGUGGCACAUUUUCUACUGUGUGACCCUGGGUAGAUCCAGGAAUGUAGGGUUUCUCUUCCAGGUGCAGAUCUAUGGAUCACUAUCUGCUCCAAUAAAAACAGACAAAACUAAUAUAUCCUUAUAGUAUGUCAUUUGUCUGUCCAAUGAAACUGCUGAAGACUUGACGUUUCAUUACAUUAUAACUUACAUUUUUCCAUUUUUUAUGGAAAGAUUAAUUGAGAAAGAAGAGAGCAUACUAGAUUUCCAAAGGAAAAGUAGUAGAUGGUGGUUCUUAUCUCAAAGAAUAUUUUUAAAUAAAAAAGAUUGUGUGUGUGUAGCUUCUUUUAUCCAACAUCAUAAUACUAUCAAAGGAUAACAGGAACUGGAAGUUAUAUGGUGCAGAAUAACUUGAUUGUGAAGAGAUGUAAAUAAUCUAUUACCAUUGUAAAAUAUUGUUGAUUAAGAUGGUAGAUGUGUGUUUUGAAAAAUGCAAACUUUCACUUGAUUGCUAUGUUUGUUAUCAAGGAAACUGCUCUAAAGCUAAUUAAACAUGUAUUGUAUAAAAAUGGUGUAACUGUAUUUCAGUGUAGAAUUUCUGAUCCUUGAUUUAUGCAGAGUCUCCUGAGAAAAAACUAUAUCUGGUAUCAGAUUUUCCUCCUCCAUUUGAAAGAAUCUUCUCUUCAUUUCCAUCUAAUAUUAGGGCAUAACUUUGAGGGGCUGAGCAUCUGUAGCUCUCACUGACUUGAGCUGAAGUUGUGAGUUUAUCAGGCCAUAAGUGUUCACCUUCAUGUGGCAAUUUUGAGCAUUCUCAAUACCUGCUGAUGUUGUCAACAUUCAAAGGGGAUUUAUAAGUAUAAUACCGUCUAAACAAAGAGCUUUGAGUAUAUGAGAGUAGCAAAGGAGCUCCAGUACUAUUUUGCUGUGUAAGAAAUAUUUAAUAUGAACUGUUGUAAUCAUUUCAGUGAAUGAUAUGGCCUGGGCUGCACUAUACCACUCGCAAGACUCCCGUAUUUUGUAUGUAGUUUAGUUAAUUCUCUAAAUGCUGUUCUGUCUCUAAAUGCAAGAAUGCCAUAUGGUAUCAAUUGCAUGUAUGAAUUCAAGAGCCAG